UCCAUCCAUCAUCCACCAGACCAUCAUUCAAUCGAAGAAGAAGAAAGAUCAAGUACCUCUCUUUCUUCUUCGAUCUCCAAACUUACCAAGGUUGUACGUCCAAUCUAUGCAUGCACAUGCGUGCACAUUAAGUAAUUGAAGGGUUACGUAGGUAAUACGUUCUUGAUUCAAUUGCUAUCGCAACCUAGGUAGUCGUACCAUCGAAAUUUAUCAAAUAUUAUGCACCCCGGCCCCAAUCACCCUCCGCCAUACGUGAUGCUCCAAGAUCAAGGCCAUCCAGGUCCCCAUGGCCGCAAUCCUCCUCGCUUUAAUGGCCAAUACCGUCCCAACGGGCACCGCAAAAGCAGUUGUCUGAGAUGCUACUGUUGUUGUUAUUGCUGCAUCUUCAUAACCCUAGUGGUGAUCAUUGCAGCCGUGGUCAUCAGCCUAAUAAUUAUCAAUCCCAGUGUGCCCAAAUACAGUAUCAAUGACUUCUCUGUCAAGGCAUUCAACGUCACCCCUGAUUUCAACCUCCACGCGCAAUUUAUGGUCACGGUAAAAGCUGUGAAUCCCAACAAAAAAAUCUCCAUUAUAUAUGAGAAGGGCAGCAUCGUGCAGCUCAAGUAUUCCGGGAUGAAGCUUUGUACCGGUGUGGUCCCACAUUUUCGUCAACCGACGAGCAAUACCACCAUGAUCAACGUGAAUUUGAACGGAGACUUGAAAGGGAAUGACUUUCAGGGAUCCACUGGGGAGUCACUUAUGGAGAAAAUCAAGAGUAGCAGGGUCCCUUUGACUGUUUCGGUUAGGGUACCGGUCAAUGUAGGGCUUGGGAAAUACAAUAUGUUGCUGAAUCCAAUCGGGAUUUACGUCGAUGCCUCCAUGGUUGUCAACAAUUUGUCCCAGCCAGAUAAGAAAGUACAGAUUUCAGACACUAAAUAUGACUUUAAUUUUGGAUUUAAGUUCAAAAAAUGAUAAUCCACAUAAAUGUCAUAACUUUGAUUUCAGAAAAAAUUUACAAGGUGUGGGAAGUUAAGCAUUAGGCAAGCUAUUUGCUAGCUCGCUAGCUGCUUAAUUUCUGCUGAGGAAGAUCGAUUGUAUGGUCAGUUAAAGUGUGGUUCUUGCACACAACAAAAUUUCCCUCCUUUUUCUUUCAAAUGUAGAUAGAUUGCAUAUCAUUGAAGAAGAUUUCAUGUUAAAGAGUUUGUGUAAAGGGAUUUUGGAUGUGCUCUCUAGCUUUGAUUGAAACCUUGUUGGUUUUGAGUUUUUGAUGGAAGCUCUUGACAUUAAUGUAAUAAUAUAUUAUCGUGUAGGCUAUUUUUUAAAUAAAAAUUUGAAAUUUGUAGUUGAUUAUAUUAAUGAGAUUUUAAAUUAAGCCCAUAAUUUGUGGAAUUAAAAAUAUUAAAGGUUAUAUUAAAGCUGGUAAGUCUAUUUGGCUAUGGUCAGGGGAGGCUGAAAUGUCUAUGUGAGUCUUCUCGGCCCUCGAAAUGAUGGAUAACCAUGGCUUGCCACUAGUUAUCCCCCUUUAAAAAAAAAUGUAUUUUAUGUAUAUAUAAACAUGAGUAUAUUCAUCAAAAUUAACCAAAAAAAUUAUUGUACCAAAGCAUGGGUACAUUUUUCAAAAACCAA